CGUGCAUCGACGCUGCGACGAAAACGUAGAGAUAGUGAGCAGAAAAAAGACGCCGAAGCCAAUUUUCAGUUUUCGGAGGGAUUUAGUAGUGUACUUGCCGUUUGCAAAAACGCAAAUUUGCUGUUUGAGCAUAUAAAUAUACGAAGGCGAGUGCACAGAAGAACGAAGAACGUAGAGAUAGUGAGCAGAAAAAAGACGCCGACGCCGAUUUUCAUUUUUCGGAGGGAUUUAUUAACGUGCCUGCCAUUUGCAAAAUCAAAUUCGCAAAGUGAGAAUACAAAUUAAGAAGGCGAAUGCAAAGAAGAACGUAUAAAGGAAACAUAAUUUGUUUGAGAAAUAAACAGAGUUCGUUGAAGUCAAACCGAGAACGCAAAUAAUAAUAAAAAAUAAGGAACAAACAAAAUAACAAUUAUAUUAAAUAAUUAAAAAUGGAGGAAGUUGCAGUGGUCAAAAAGCGCGGGCGCCCGGCAAAGGGAACUUCGGGUGGUGCAGCUCCGGCAGCGGGCAUUCCCGCCGACAGCAACAUUCCAGUAAUACCCAAAAAGCGCGGUCGUCCGCCGAAGGUCAAGGGUGGGCGUGGCAGGCCGCCAAAGCUGUCCGCUGCGGCAGCGAACAGUGAUGACGAGGAUCUGGAUCAGGAUGAGUUGGGCGAUGCUAACGGCGAAUUGCUACAGCCAAUUAAGAGCAAGGGACGCGGUCGUCCGCGCAAGGUUCCGGUGCAGGCACAAGAAAACAGUGGUAACGAUGAUGAGGACAUGGACUCGUCGGCUGAUGAGAAGCCACCAGCGAAGCAACAAAAGUCGCCAUCAUCGGCCAAGCGCCGUAAGCUGGGACGACCCCGUAAGCAUCAACCCAGCGAAGAUGAAGAUGAAUUCGAUGACGAUGAUGACGACGAGCGUCGUCCAGUUGGUCGUCCUGCAAGUAGCUCAAUCAAUUUGAAUAUUGUACGCACUGGACGAGGUCAAGGACGCCCCAGGAAGAUUAAAUCGGGUGCGGCUGGAGCGGCCUCAUCACCAGCUGGCGAAUCAAAUGGCGAUGAUGCAUCUACAGUGCCCCGAAAGCGUGGACGUCCAUCGCUCGCCAAUAAGCCAGCUCCGUAUGUGCCAUCAGGACGGCCACGUGGACGUCCAAAAGCAAACCAAUCGCCAGUUAAGGCUGUAGAUGAUGACGAUGACGACCAGCAGGCACAGAAUGUAUCGGAUGAUGAUGAAUCUGCGGAGCCAGAGGAGUCGACGGCGGCAGUGUCAACCACGCCAAAGAAGCGAGGACGACCCGCAUUGGCGGGAAACAACAAAAGCGGAUCGGGCGCCAAGCCACGUGGAAGACCCAAGAAAUCACCAAACAAUCAGCCUGAUGGUGAUGAUGAUGAUCUAGAUUCGGCUGGCGACGCCGGGGAGGGAUCCAAUGGCAAGGUGCCCAAGAAGCGUGGACGCAAGCCACAAGGAGCAGCAGACGACAGUGGCGAUGCUGACGAGGACAAUGAGGACAGCAGUGGCGGUGGUGUAUUAAAUGAUAAUGCCGGAGAUGAGGAUUCCGAUGAGCCAAGGAAGCAGUCAAACCAGAGCGAAUCGAAAUCCAAACGCAAAGAAGUAAAUUCAUCAGAGAAUGGCGAUGGAGACAAUGCGAAUGAUUCUGUUGAGUGUGUCUCCGACGAAGCAUCAUGGAAUAAUGCUUAAUUUUAAUAGUAUUUAGGCAACAGCAACAGCAUAUUGUUUAUUGGGACACGACAAAUUAAUGAAAUAACUACUAUAAAAGCAAAUUCCAUUCACACACCAUACCCCUUGACUAGAGUGCAUUAGCCAGUAAUUCCGAACGACAUGUCCCAAUUGUCCGAAAAAAAACCGGAAAAAAGAAGAAAAAA